UCUGCAAGCACUCAACUCCAGCAUAGAAGAGUGAGAAGUCGGAGAGAGAAAGAAAGAGAGAGAGAGAAGUUUUGAGAGGUAAAGUGCAGAUGAGGAGAGAAAAGUUGGUAUAUUAAGGGAAGAACAAGACGAAACCAAUACAAAAAAAAAUUAAGAGGAGAGAAAACAAUCAGGCAAAGUAUAGAGUGGGCAAAAAAGAGAGCAAGAGAGAGAGUUGGAGAAGUGAGCCGUGGAGAGUGAACAAACGAUGGGUUCCCCAGUGCGGUGUGCUGCUGUUCUAGUCCUCUCACUAUUGGGUCUGUUCUGUUAUACUCCCCCUGUAUGGGGCCAGGAUCUACAAGAGAGGGACGCUCUGUGCAACAAGGAUGGCUGCUUCGUGGUCUACUUCCAGCGCAAGACCUUCCUGGACUCCUGGAGGAGCUGCAAGGAGAAGGGAGGCAACCUGGCCACAGUCAAACUCCAGGAGGAAGCUGACACUAUCGCUGCUCUCUUCUCUGGCGUGGAGCUACGCAGCCAGAGGACCAAGGUCCAGGUGUGGAUUGGUCUCCAGAGACAGCCUCGCCAGUGUACCGCCUCUCGCCCUCUCCGUGGGUUCUCCUGGACUACAGGUGACCAAGAUACCCGCUACACCAACUGGCUGCGGGACGACUCGCCCAGUACCUGUUCAGCCCCACGCUGUGUGGUUAUGACCUAUGGCACAGCAGCCCACGAGCAGCAUGAUAAUUUUAAAUGGCUGGACGGCUCGUGUUCGGUGCCAGUGGAUGGCUACCUGUGCCGCUACACGUACAAGGGCAUGUGCCCGGCGGUUUGGAGCGAGGGGGGCGGCAAUGCCCUCUAUAGUACCCCCUUCAGCCUCCUCAGUAGCCUCCUUACCCACGUCCCCUUUGGAUCUGUAGCCACGGUGCCCUGCCCGGGGGGCUCCAAGGAGGAGCAGUCUGUUCUAUGUGUGCUAAGGGAGGAUGGCACUGUGGGGUGGUCCAGGGAGACACCCCUCUGUUCCGACACCGGAGAGAAGAGCUGGUGCGAUCGGAACAACGGAGGGUGCGAGCAUUUCUGCCAGGAGGCCGGGGAGCACUACUACUGCGAGUGCUCGGACGGCUUCCAGCUCGGCGAUGACGGGCAAACAUGCGUCGCUGCCGACCCAUGCCACAGUGCCCCCUGUGAGUUUGAGUGCCUGCCCCUGUCGGACGGCUACCGCUGUGCCUGCCCCGAGGGCUACAUGCUUUCCCCGGAUGAGCGCGGCUGCCUGGACGUGGACGAGUGCCUGCAGAGCCCCUGCGAGCAGCUGUGCGUCAACGCCCCAGGGACCUUCGAGUGCCGCUGCCGCGAGGGCUACCGACCGGUUGAGGAGGGCGAAUGUGAGGACGUGGACGAGUGUAUGGAGGACCCAUGCGAACACGCCUGCGAGAAUACACCCGGCUCUCACGUUUGCCACUGUCACCUGGGCUUUUCCCCUCCUACCGAGGAACCCUCCCACUGCCAGGAUACUGACGAGUGUCAGAUCCCUGGGACAUGUCAGCAGAUGUGCGUGAACUACGAGGGGGGCUUUGAGUGUUACUGCGAGGUGGGCUACGAGCUACUCUCUGACCACUUCUCCUGCAGGAAGAUAGGGGAGGGAGAGGACUCAUUCCCAGCAGCCACUCCCUCCUACCCUUGGGUCACCCACCACCCCGGCUCCAUGUGGGACCCCCACGAACCCCUGUACCCCUGGACCCCUGCGCAGACCAACACUGACUGGCCUCUGGAGACGGAAGAGUCCCUGGACUGGCUCACAGACCCCCCCAGGGUGGAGAAUGAUGUCAUCUGGGUCACCAGCGCACCCCAGGAGGAGCCAGUCCCAAACCACAACCCAUUCAUGGUCCCCCCCAUGGAAGAGCCCGAGGAGGAGGAAGAAGAAGAGGAGGAGUAUACACCGGACUGGAGCACCAUGAUUUUGAAUUCUCCAGCCCAGGUCCAGCCCGAGCAAGAGUCUACGCCCAGUCCCUCUCCCAGCCCCGAACCCACCUCUACCCCCACCCCAACUCCCACGUCCGACUGGUAUGAGGAGGAGGAUGACGAAACCACUACCAGUUCCCCAGUCCUCCCUACUUCCACUAUCUCGGGAGGGGCGUGGAACUGGCUCUGGUUCAGCCCGGCCAGCCAGGAUCAAGUACUCACCACGUCGCAGGAGCCAAUCACUGACCAGCACGUCCCGGCGUCCAACUAUGAUGAUACUGAUGAUAAUGAGGAAGAGGGGGACAUUGACAAUGGGAAGGUGACUUCCCUUCCAGAGCAGGAUCAGGGUCAGGGUGAGAACCAGGACCAGCACACCCCCUCCCUGCCUCCUUCUGUGGCUCCCAAAACCCCAAUCACCCCCAACCUGGGCGUGGUGGAGGUGGUUGGAGUGAAUGAGAGGGAGCCGGCCCAGGAGGACGAGAGCAGCCAGAAGCAAGGUGGUGGCAACUGGCUGCUGGUGGGCCUCCUGGUGCCCCUCUGCAUCUUCAUCCUUAUUAUGGUGGCACUGGGUAUCGUCUACUGCACCCGCUGCGCCGUCACGCCGCGCAACAAGACCGCCACCAACUGCUACCAUUGGAUCUCCGGAGCGCACGACAAGCAGGGCGCGCCCAAUCCCAGCAAGGGGAUGCAGUCACAUGUUUAAACAGAUGAAUGAGGAAAGACUUGUACAUAAAUAAACUGUUAAAUAAAUAAGAGAUAGGAAGAAGGUAAGAGAGUGGUGGUUGUUGUACUGUAUCUGCCUCCUCCUGUCCCAUUGCCACUCUGUUGCCGUACUGGGACUCUUUGAACACUUGAAUGUUUCUGUGGAAUAUCGGUUGAAAGAGAAGAACAGGGAAGCAAUACUAAAAAAAUCACUAAUCCCUUUCAUGGGCUCCUUUUACAUGUGGUAGAAAAAAACGGCAUAAUUGUUGCUUACACUGAUCUCAAAGCACAAUAUAAAGGCCUAUGAUUGCACUAUAGGUACAAUAGAAACCGUCCAUUGGGAUUGUUGUUGAAUACAUCUGGUUAUAUUUAUGGAGGCUGUGGGAAUAUACUUUCAAUAUAUCACCAGUGCCAUCUGAAAGCAAAGCCAAAGAACUGUACUGUAGCUUUUAGCAUUUUGUUGUCGUCCAUGAAAUCUGGGUGUGGGUCUUUCAAAAAAUGCUGAGGUUUUUAAUCCUCAAUUGAGCUCAUUUCCAAGUAUGGUGUCGCAAAUGACUAUUGAUGUCAACUUUGUUAAAGAAGCAUCACAUGCAGCUUCGUAUUUAGCUGUGCAAACUAUGCAAGCAUGACUGUCAUGACGCUGUUGAGGAAAAGCAAUCACUCGGAUAUUACUUUUAUGGCGUGUGCUUUUUAAAGUAUCGCAACAAAUCAACUCACAACACAGACCAAACAAUGGUAUAUGCCUGUAUAUGUGUUUGUGUUACUAUAAUUGUGUACUGUAUAAUUUGUAGCAAUGAAUUUUUUUGAAUUUUUUUUUGAAAAUGAAAAUGAUUUAAUGAAGUGUCUUUUGUUUUAUUUAGACCACACAAAACUCUUGGUAAUUCCAUGGAAUGUCUGUCUGAGGGGAUGUUUCCUUUCAUUCAACUCCAAUUAAACACUCCUAGUCCUCUCACCCACAUUCCUCAUAUGGGUUAGAGUGCAGAUGUUAGAUGUGUUCGUAUUACACACUAUAGGGACUGCAAUGGGGGUCACAGGCUCCCGAUUGACUUUAGCAUUGACCUUGUUCACGGAGUAGUGAUCUUUCAAUCGUUCCCUAAACCCAUGUCACUUAACUCUUUAGCACGCCUCCCUCCCCAUUGUCACAGGCUUGCCCAUAACAUUACAUGGACUUUAGCCACGGUGGAGCAGUACCAACCUUUAGGUGUUUGAAAUCAAUGCUCCCUUUAGCAACUCAGGAAGUAAGUGCAGUCCCCAUUCAAGGGAUGACGUGUACAAUGUCAAUGACAGACAAUCAAAUCAACUGAAGAUCUGCCUUCUGAUCAAAGGACUGUUAAAUUAUGCCUGAAGCCUUUUCAUUUUUGUUACGUUUGAAGUAAUUGCUAAUUAAAUGUUACGAGAAGGGUGCCGUCAA